AUGCCGGUUACCAAUGGCGCACCCAGAACGCGUCAGAAAUUCCAGAAAGUUAUAACCGCUUACGCUAUAUAUACGAAGCGCUGUACAACUGUUCUUGAGUUCGUUUUGGGUAUUAAUAGGCCUUGUGCACCUUUGAACGUGAGGUUGACGGAAACCCAGGGACUGCGCCUACCUGAUGAGCCCCAAAUUGGUGAAACCGAUCGUGGGCUGUUGGCGGAUUUUCAGCAACCUUAUGAAUAUGUGAUCACGAUCGCCCGUUCGGACGCGAGAAUUCAGGUGCGUCCGACGUGCGCUGGUAGAAUAGUGGUACCACGUUCACCUCGCGUCCGGAGUUCAACCCCCGGCACAGCCAUUGGAUAUGCACUGCUGAUGAGCUCGAAUAAGAGCAGAACUCGAAUUCAGUGCUUUCCCCCGUUUGGCGGAAUUCCAAACGGAUCCCCCUUUACCGCUCGCAGCCAGGUGCUGCUACGGCCGAAAAGUCUAUUCCACGCAAGACUGGCUAAAACAUCGGAAUGCUUGGCUGUCCGGCACCAAGCCGAGAUCGGAUUGGUCAAAAGUCUGGACCCAACAGCCAAUCAUAACCCAGUAUUGGCCGAAUGCCGGUUGCCAAUGACGCAUCCAGAUCGCGUCAGAAUUUCCAGAAAGUUAUUGCCACCUACGCUAUAA